CAUCCACCGAUUUUCCCAAAGAAACUUCCAUCAUUCCUCCAUUACUACCAGCACCGCAAUCAACUCCGUCUCCACCCAAUGAUGCUCCAAACCCGUGGGCUGGCCUGGGCGCGCUUGAUACCAGCGCUCCCCCCAAGCAAGAAGCCUCCGCGCAAGAUGACGACGAUGAUGAGUGGGGGGAAAUGGUAGAAUCGCCAGCAGUAUCCACUGCGGACUCGCCGUUUGAGACUGGUGAUGCCACUCUAUCAACGCCAGCUUCUACACCACAGCCUGUGAAGACGUCACCGCUACACGCACAUCUGAUCCAGACUGGAUCCAAACACGCAUCGCCUAUUGUACGCUUAAAGGGAACUGUGUCGCCCACUUCUUCGACGUUCAAACGCAACGCCUUCGUCCCCGCCUCAAUCGAGCAAGGUCCAAUCGGUCCUGGCCUGCUGAAAUCGAGAAGCACCUCGGCACAUUCACCACCUCGUCAGAGCACAACCCCUCCACCGCCCGUAGCACAGCUAGAUGAGGUACUAAAUGUCAGUCCGCCUAAGCCACCGACGCCAAAAGAGCCACCUCCUCAACAGGACGACUUCUCCGCCUUCGACACGUCGACCCCGGAACCCACAACAUCUCCGCCAACCCCUUCACCUCCGUCCAAUCCCGAGAAAAACACCGCCCCCAUAACGACAACGUCAUGGGGGGAAGACGCAGACUUUUCAAUCUUCGAAUCCUCAAUUCCGCAAACCUCUAUGCCCCCCACUAUCCCGCCCUCUACCUCAACACCAGACCCUACAGACCCAUGGUCUAUCUUCAACACGCCACCCCCAUCAAGAGGAACUCCCACGGCUGAAGAUUCACUCUCCGGAUCUUUCGCUCGUCCUUCUUCCCGGGAACAGUCCCCACCGACUUUGCAACCACCCAUGACUGCCACUAACUCGGCGCAAAGGCGUAAGGAUGAAGAGGAUGAGCUAAUACGAGGCAUUGUGGCGGGAUUGCCGGAUCUGGGGUAUAUGCUUAGGCGGUGA